CCGCUUUUCGCCCGCACGACCCCCUUCGAGGAUCGCUGAAGAAAAGUGGAAAAAGUGAGAAAUUACCGCUGCUGCAACAGAAUAUCCGUUUAGUGCGAUUACACGACGACGAUGGCUGGAAAAUCGAGUGAAGAAGUUGAGCAACAGCAGAAGCAAACUGAAGCUACCGAGCAAACGCAAGAGUCGUCGAAUGCCGCUCCGGAGACGGCAGUCGUUGAUCCGGAAUGUCUGAUCAAGCAUCCGCUGCAGCACACCUGGACGCUCUGGUACCUCGAGCUGGACCGAUCGAAAACGUGGGCCGAAUCGAUGAAUAAGGUGACUAGCUUCUCGACGGUAGAGGACUUCUGGAGCCUGUUCAACCACAUUCGCGGUCCAUCCGAGAUCAAGGUUGGCGGCGAUUACAUGCUGUUCAAGUCACACAUCCGUCCGAUGUGGGAAGAUGAGGCCAACAAUCGUGGUGGCCGGUGGACGCUCAACUCGAACAAGCAUAUUUCGGACAAAUACUGGCUGGACACGAUUUUGUGCCUAAUUGGUGAAGCUUUCGAAUACUCGGACGAGAUCUGUGGUGCGAUCGUGAACGUACGUCAAAAGAUUGACAAAAUCUCCAUUUGGACCGCCAACUCGCAGAAUCGUGAGGCCGUGAUGAACAUUGGCAAAACGUUCAGGGAUCGUCUCGGCCUUCGGCAACAGAUCAACUACCAGAACCACAAGGACACGAUGGUCAAAUCCGGAUCGACUACGAAAGCUACCUACACCCUCUAGAAUUGCAAAGGAACCAUCGCCUGCUGAGGUGACUGAGCGUUUUUGUUUUUUUUUAUAUUAAUCAAUCGAAGGGAAGAGAGAGAAAGAGAGACAGAAAGAGCGUGUGUGUGUGUGUGUGUGUGUGUGCGUGUGUGCGUGUGGCGAGACGUUGCGAUGUAGAACACUAGACUAAGCCGGUAGGAAAAAGGGAGUUGGCACGGAGCCGGUGAGCUAUCUUUUUUCGUUUUCAUAGAUUACCUUAGGCUAGACCAAGUGUGUGACAGGCGAUAUGAUGAAACACGAUUCAUAAAGGAUUGUGUGGGGGAUUGAGUUCAUUGUCAUCGUAGUCCCUGGGAGAAAGUCUGUGCAAUGCGUCGGAGCGAUUCUCGUGAGCCAGAGUCUCAAAGACUCCCUCCAGCAUACGUCGCUAGAGUGUGCGCGCGUUGAAACGGCUCCACCACUUCUAGUAAAACGUGCGCGCGUGUCCAGUGUGUUCAAACAGCAACAUCUCUGCCCUCUUUCAAUCGCAUCCCUUGCGUUACAAUGGUGUUUCCUUUGAUUUUGUAUGUAAUGCAAUGUGGUUGGAGUUCGAGAAGAAGGUCAAGUGCUCCACUAGGGAAGGGCUUCUAGGAUUGUUUGCUGUCGAGAGUGGUCACAAAGACCGGUCACCGGAGGUCGAAGAUAGUUAAACUAAUUUCGCUUGAUGGGGAACGCGACAACGAAGUUCACGUUCUACCGGUAGCGACUUGGUGCAGCACAGAUGCUUUGUUAUUUUUCACUAAUUAUUACUGAACGUUGAAGCGGCGUUGCGCUGAGGAUAGGAUCCCCUCCCAAAAGACGGCAACAUAAGGCGUUGCUAGUGAGAAAUGAGUGAAUGAUCGUGUACCAUGGAAUCGACGGGCGAGUGUAAAAGAAAUGAUUUACAUAAUAUUUGCGCUGGAACGUGAAACUGUGGGAUUUCUUAAUGGAAAGACCGACCCGGGGGAAAAUAUGUGGCGGCUCAAGAAUGAGAAUGAAAAGGUUUAGAAUGAAAUUAUCUACUAAAUAUCGCUAUUGCUUAUCAUUUAAUUGAAUAUAUAUAUAAUAUGUAUACACACACACACACCGAAGUAGACGGGGAGAGGCGGCACAGUUAGUAAGAAGCAAAUGAGGGGUGAGAUGGAUGAAUGGAUGGACCGACGGGUUUGGCGGGAG